AUGAGGUUCAGCACCUCCGCCACACUCGCCGCCGCCGGCCUCGUCGUCGCUUCCACGUCCUUCUUGCCGGCCAUGGCCACGCCCGCGCUGGUGGCUCGCCAGGCGACCGACGGCUUUUACGCUCCGACUGCCAACGGCGGCUCGCUCCUGACCGGCAACACGUACUCGGGCGCCGGCGAGCCGCUCAACAUCAUCAUCUCGAGCGCCUCUGACCCUAGCGUCUUGACAAAGAGCGGCUUCGAGGAGUACGCCGGCAGCUUCGACUUUUCCCCGGGCGACUGCCUCUCGAUCUCGCUCGGCGGCGCACAGACGGCCAACCUCGGCGACGGCAACGGCGCCCUCAACCAGACCAACAUCAUGCGCUACAACUUUGGCCAGGGCGACGAGGGAACGUGCGGCCAGUCGUUCAACGGCGGCAACCACUUCCGCUACUGGAUCCAGAACGGCUCCGCUGCCAACUCGGGAGCCAUCUUCAUCGCCGCGUCCGUCGAGGCGUCGGCCAAGGAGAACCACAUGAUUGUCGACAACGGCUACGACCUCGGUCGCGACUGGUUCGUGGGCAACGCCUCGGUCAGCAACGGUACGCGGUCGCCUGGCGGGUUCGAGUACAAGACCACGGUCGAGGACAACACCAGCCUGCUCGCGGGCAUCCAGUCGUCGCAGAUCAACCACGGCAUCGGCGUCGAUGGAACGGUCAAGGUCCUCACCGUCAAGGUCACCAAGACCGGCACCGUCGGCGGCGGCAGCGGCAGUGGCAAAGGCGGUAGCGGCUCUUCGUCCACAUCGACGCCCGAGCAGAGCGCUGCCCUGCCCACUGUGGCCACCUCGGCCGUCCACGCCGUCGUCAUCGGCGCCCUCGCCCUCUUCCUGGGUGUCUGCCUCAUUCUCGUCUGA